AUGAGUGUGGGAAGGGCCCACCGCUACAGCUUCGUGUCCUGUGAAGAAGAAGGCCUCAGACUAGAUACCAUGCCUGCCGUGGGAAGUUUUGGCAAUGGAAAGAUCCACACAAGACGCAAAUGCCACAGUCGGUUUGUCAGCAAGACUGGGCAAUGCAACAUCCAUUUCUCAAACAUGGAUGAAAAGUCACAGCGGUACAUAUCUGACAUUUUCACCACUUGUGUGGACAUCCGCUGGCGAUACAUGUUUUUGGUGUUCAGCCUGGUCUUUGUGGUUUCCUGGCUGACAUUUGGGCUGGCAUUCUGGGUCAUUGGCCUGCUACAUGGUGACAUGGACCAUCCUGAAGGGGAUGACAGCUUUGUUCCUUGUGUCACACAAGUGAACACCUUUGUGGCAGCUUUCCUGUUCUCUAUUGAAACCCAGACAACUAUUGGGUACGGUGCCCGCUGUGUGACAGAGGAGUGUCCCACCGCUGUCUUCAUGGUGGUCUUUCAGUCCAUCGUGGGAUGCAUUAUCGACGCUUUCAUGAUCGGUGCAAUCAUGGCCAAGAUGGCACGGCCCAAGAAGCGUGCGGAGACUCUGCUCUUCAGCCACAACGCAGUGAUUGCCAUGCGGGAUGGGAAACUGUGCCUCAUGUUCCGGGUUGGUAAUCUCAGGAAAAGCCACAUUGUGGAAGCUCAUGUGCGGGCCCAGCUUGUCAAGCCCCGUGUCACGGAAGAAGGCGAGUACAUCCCCCUCGAUCAGAUUGACAUGAACGUAGGAUAUGACAAAGGCAUUGACCGCCUCUUUCUGGUUGCACCCCUCACCAUCAUACACGAGAUUGAUGAGGAAAGUCCGUUAUUUGGCAUCAGCAAGCAGGAUCUGGAGACAUCAGACUUUGAGAUUGUGAUCAUACUCGAGGGGAUGGUGGAGGCCACAGCCAUGACAACGCAGGCGCGCAGCUCUUACCUGUCCUCGGAGAUCCUGUGGGGUCACCGCUUUGAGCCGGUCGUCUUUGAGGAGAAGAGCCAGUACAGGGUGGAUUACGCAUACUUUCACAAAACAUUUGAAGUGCCGUCCACCCCGAGAUGCAGCGCCAAGGACAUGGAAGAAAGAAAAUUCCCGACACCGAGCGCCAACUCUUUCUGCUACGAGAACGAGCUGGCCUUCAUCAGCAGGGAUGAGGAAGACGAAGGGGACGUAGAGAAGGAGGAAGACAGGAAGAGUUUGUCGGACGAGCAGAUGCGGUGAAGUGAAAGUGUCAUUUGACGACACAGGAGGUGCCCAGUGAGUGUCACUCUGCUGCCACGAGGACACUCCUGAAGAACGCUCUGCCGUGGAG